AUGGCUGCGCCGAGAAUGUUGAGGCCGCUUCGCGGCACGGCGAUCCUCCUCCUCACCAUCGCCUUAAGCGUUUUGCUUGGCGAGCAAAGCUUCGCCGUGCCGCCGACCACGCGAACGCGGACAACGGCCGGCAUCGAGGGCGUCGCAGAGCCUCUUCCGACCUCCUCGUUCGGAAACUUUGCCGGCAGAAGCUUCCAGUCUUCUCGACCGCAGGACAAAGUGCCAGAUGAUUCGCGUGCAACAGAUGCAGUCUCCUUGGCCUUGGCAGCGGCGGGCUGCGCAGUCGCCAUGCGAGCAGCCUCCGAGGCGUCGGAGGCUGCAGCGGAGGAGCCGACAGAGAGCAAGAAGGAGAAGAGCUUCAUGGACAAGUUCGGUGUGAUCGUCUACAUCGUGUUGUGGUAUGCCUUUAACAUUGGCUACAACAUCUACAACAAGAAAGCUUUGAUUUCGUACCCCUACCCCUGGGCGUGCGCACUUUGGCAGAUGUCCUUCGGAUGGCUGAUCUUUGUGCCUCUUUGGAUCCUGCGCAUCCGCAAGACUCCGAAGCUCACCGUCUCCCAAGCCGUGACGCUGGCGCCCUCCGCGCUGGGCCACUUGGCGACGCACGUCGGUGCAGUUAUCGCCUUCUUUGCUGGGGCGGUCUCCUUUGGCCACAUCGUGAAGGCCUCCGAGCCGGUGGUCUCCUCCUUCCUGAACUUCGCCUUCCUGGGCGAGGUGAUGCCUUGGCAAGUGUACGCUUCCCUGCUUCCCAUUAUCGGUGGUGUUGGCCUGGCAAGCGCUUCGGAGCUGUCCUUCAAUUGGCUGUGCUUCGGGGCCGCUAUGGGCUCGAACUUGGGAUCUGCUUCCCGUGCAGUCUACAGCAAGAAGGUCAUGAGCGGGGGCGACAUUGGUGAGAACAUGGACUCAGCGAAUGUCUACGCAGUUCUGACCAUCAUGGCGACCUUCAUGCUGAUCCCAAUUUCCCUCUUCAUUGAGGGGCCAAGCGCCAUGCUGAAGGGCUUCAAGAUUGCUUACUCCGCAGGAGGCAUGUCCUUCAUGUGGCAGAUGAUCCUUAGUGGCUUCUACUACUACAUGUACAACGAGGUAGCUUUCCUCGCGUUGGGCAAACUGGACCCAGUGUCCCACGCCGUGUGCAACACCAUGAAGCGAGUAGUGAUCAUCAUCACUGCGAUCUUCGUCUUCCGGAAUCCGGUGACGGGCCUUGGCGUCCUGGGCAGCAGCAUCGCCAUCCUAGGCACUCUGAUCUACUCCCUGGCCAAGAACAAGUACGCGAAGUGA